UUUUAUUUUUAUAAAAAUGAGCGAAGAUCAAGAUGAACUAUUUAGUGCAAAAAGUGAAAUAUUAUUCAAUGUCAAAUAGUGUGAAGAGCUUUUUCAAAAAGACAAAUCAGAGAAGUAAUAAGCAUUUAUUUUUCAGACUAAAACAAGACAUAGAAACCUUUAAAAAGAAUAUCAAGAUAGCUAAAGAGAAAGAAGAUGAAUUUUAUAAAACAUUAUUAUUAGAAACUAAAGAAAGAGAAAGCAUUUUUGGAUUUCCAGGUGAUUAAUUAAAGGAAGAUCCUAAGUUAAUUGUUUGGGACCCUCUUCAAGGAAAUUUAAUCAUUACUGAACAAGAAUUCAAAAAUAAAUAUGAUCAGCCAAGAUAAAAAAAUUCUAAUAGACAAAGUCAAAUACCAUAACAACUUGAUUAAAAUUAAAAUGAAUGAAAAU